AUCAUUAAAGAAUAGUUUUGAUAGUUACCAUCUCCAAAAGCCCCCAUAUAUCUGCUUUUGUGCCAUGAAGAUUUUACUUGAAUUUCAAGUGUUGCGGUCCCGAUGGAGCAUCCAGACACUCUGCAGAUUACUUCACCAGUAUCACAAGACUUUUGCACCUUUGAAUUUCUCAGAUUAUGAAGCUAUCAGUCGUUGUGAACAGGAAGUACCCGAGUACUUUAAUUUUGCAAGUGAUGUGCUGGACAAGUGGUCUCAAAUAGAAAAGGAACGAAAGGGACCAUCAAAUCCAGCUCUGUGGUGGAUAAAUGGAAAAGGAGAUGAAAUUAGAUGGAGCUUUGAAGAGCUGGGAUUCCUGUCCCAAAAAGUGGCCAACAUGCUCUCUGGGCCAUGCAGUCUGCAAAGAGGAGACAGAGUUUUAGUGAUUCUGCCCCGAAUCCCAGAGUGGUGGCUGCUGAACGUGGCUUGCAUGCGAACAGGUGUUAUCUUCAUCCCAGGGACUACACAACUGACAGCACAAGACAUUUGCUAUAGAUUGCUGGCUUCCAAGGCUAAGUGCAUUAUUACAACUGAUGUGCUUGCUCCUGCAGUGGACUCAGUUGCAUCCAAGUGCCAAUUUCUGAAAACGAAGCUAAUUGUGUCUGAAAGCGGUAGGGCUGAGUGGCUCAACUUCAGUGUUUUGCUCAAGGCUGCCCCCGCUGCCCAUAGCUGCAUGAAGACAAAAAGCCAGGAUCCAAUGGCAAUCUACUUUACCAGCGGCACCUCAGGCUCUCCCAAAAUGGUUGAACAUUCCUAUGGAAGCUUUGGUCUCAGUUUUUUUCUCUGUGGAAGGUACUGGAUGAAUUUGACUCCCUCAGACAUCAUUUGGAACAUAUCGGACACUGCUUGGGUAAAGGCAGCUAUUGGGAGCGUGUUUGGUCCGUGGUUCCAGGGCACGUGUGUUUUUGUACAUGCCAUGCCACAGUUUGAUCCAAGCGCAAUCAUAAAUACGUUGUGCAGAUAUCCGGUGACCACUCUGUGCAGCACCCCAACUGCCUACCGCAUGCUGGUACAGCAUGACCUCACCAGGUGUGCAUUCAAGGCGCUGAAGCACUGUUUGGCUGGAGGGGAACCACUCAACCCAGAAGUGAUGGCACAGUGGAAAAGCCAAACAGGACUGACUAUCUACGAAGGCUACGGCCAAACCGAAGUUGGAAUAAUAUGUGCAAAUAUGAAAGGAAUGAAAAUUAAGCCAGGUUCCUUGGGAAAGACAGCUUCCCCCUAUGAUGUUCAGGUCAUAGAUGAAAAGGGCAGUGUGCUGCCUCCUGGGAAAGAAGGCGACAUUGCUAUCAAAAUGGGUGCCAAGCGGCCAUUUACUUUUUUCACCCGAUACGUGGACGAUCCAGUGAAAACUGCCUCCACAAUCCGUGGGAACUUCUAUAUCACUGGAGACAGAGGGAGCAUGGAUGAGGAUGGAUACAUAUGGUUUAUGGGGAGAUCUGAUGAUGUCAUCAUCUCCUCUGGGUACCGUAUUGGACCAUUUGAAAUAGAGAGUGCCCUGAUACAGCACCCAGCUGUUGUUGAGUCAGCUGUGGUCAGCAGCCCAGAUCCCAUCAGAGGGGAGGUGGUAAAAGCUUUUGUGGUCUUGUCUCCUUCCUUCAAGUCACAAGAUCCAACGAAACUGGCCUGUGAAUUGCAAGAUCACGUCAAGAAACUCACUGCUCCAUACAAGUAUCCCAGAAAGAUUGAAUUUGUCCAGCAGCUGCCAAAGACAAUGACUGGGAAAAUCAGACGGAAUGAACUGAGGAACAAGGAGUGGGGACGGAUUUAGUUUUGAUAAGCAAUCUAAAAAAGCCUAUCCCUAUCAACUUCAUUCACAAUUGACCUUUUUUAUUACAAGUGCAAGCACUGACAUAGGAUUAUAUUUCACUUGUUAGCCAGUGAUUGUGUAAUAAGGCACGAGAUUUAAAAACUCCAACUGUACUGUUUUUAAAUGCUUGUGUUCUUGCUUAACAAAAAUCAAGCCUAUUAGCAAGGCAUAUGCAAACAAAUCUUCCAGCCACCUAAUGCUUUUCAGAAUUAGGGUACAAGUAGAAGGAAGUGAUUACCAGGUUGAAGAAGCAGCACAUUCAUUCUUCGAGACCAGAUAUUUAACUCAAAAGAGGCUUACUAAUGUGGAAACGAUGGUACUACAUAAUGAAGUUCCCCAGAAUGGCCACAGCUCUUGCAUGCAUCCAAUUUAAGCACUGUGCUUGUAUGAAUCUUGAAAGCCUCAAGAUUUAGAAAUUAAUGUGUUAAAAAUGAGUGUUCAGUAAAUGCAAAUUAUGAAAAAUCUGGAAGUAAAAGAAUGCAGACAUACUUAAGACUGCAGCAUAGGCAGCAUCUAAAUAUCAGACAUAGGCUUGACAAAUGAGUGGUAGCUAUUCAGCAGUUUCUUCUGAAGAACUCUAGGUCCUGCAGGAAAGCAAAUAUGAGGGGGAAGAGGAGGGGAGGAGAGAGGGAAGGGGAGAAAUGCAAACAAAAACUCAGAAACUAUCCCUGACUCUGUCCUUAGUAAGUUAAUUGGACUGUCUUGAAUGGCGAUCACAAAUAUCACCUACCAAUAAACAUUUACAGUUGCCCUCAAAUGGUUCUUUCCUAUGUGUGACCUAGACGUUGUUGGGUUUAAUCCACACACAAAAAGUUUUAAAAUUAA